AUGAACUCAGCUUCGUUAGCAGUUGUGGCGAUCUUGAUAUCGGCUGUAGCCGGUGCUGAAGACCGCACGAUCAGCGGUUUAACUCAGCUGGUAAACCCUGGCUCACAAGGUCCUUACCCACCCGCACCACCUCACUACUCUUCGUCAGCAGCAUCAGCAUCAGCAGCGUCCUAUCAGCCUGUCGCAGAAUCUUCAUACACAUGGACUGCCCCUGAACACCAAGACCUAGACAACGGGUUCAAGGUGCAGUCAGGGUACCAGUCCUUCAUCAUCCCUACAGGACCGGCUCCGGAAGAGCCUCUGUUCCCUCUGCACAAGCUCGGAGGGGCCGCUCUAGGUGCUAGCAUACUGCCCCACCUCCUCCCGUUCCCCUUCAACAAGAUCGCGAUCUUCCUGGGCACCAAAAUCGGCCUCUGGUUGCUCGGCUUCGUGCUGCUGCUGCUGGUCGGAGGCGCUGCCACCACGGCUGUCUGCGCCUUCACUCCCCUCUGCACCAUCAGUUUCCUGGGUCUGGGCUUUAACAAGGAGGCUACUCGCUCCCUCCUCACCCAGGACCACCUCAACACUGCCACUCAAUUCGUAUACAACGCCAUCGACAAGUACCGCCGCCUUCAGGGAAGAGAGGGAAAGUCGGAGAAGAAGAAAGUGGCCAGGAAAGCCGAAGAGGACAACGUAAUCAAUGUCGACGAUGUACUUAAGGAAGCCCGAGAAGCGAAGUCGCUCAAGAAGACUGAGGAGGUUAAAGAAAAUAAAACUAGCAGCAAGAAGCCUGUUGAGCCAGUAAAAUCAACCAAUACUGAAGUUAACCCAGAUCAUUAAAUUCACAUUCAUCAACUUCAA